GUUUGGUGUGGGGCGGUUUGGGGUUAAUUCGCAGAGGUUUGGGGCAUUUUGGGGGGAGUUUGGGGGCACUUUGGGGAUCCUAGGGGUUAACAUAGGGAUUGUAGGGCUUUGCUGGGGGCCUGUGGUGUAAUUAGGAAGGCCGUGGGGUUAAUUAAUAGACUAAUGGUAUGGUUAAUUAUAACACAUUUAAUUAGAAUCGGUGUUUCUAAUGAGUUCCUGGUUUUUUUUUGGUUGAUAGGAAUUCCUGAAGAGCCCAAGGCCAAAGGGGCGGGGCCUCAGACCAAGGGGGCGGGGCCACUGCCCAAAGGGGCGGAGCUCCCCGCCUCCUUCCCGCUCCUCCUCCAGCGAUUGGCCGAUGCCUUUGAGCAGCACCUGCCCUCGCUGCUCUCGCCGCCCUGUGCCAGCCUCUGCCUGCAGGGGGCGCUGCAGGCGCUGCAGCACAGCCAAUCACCGGCUGCCGCCCGCCUCUGCGAUGCUGUCAUUGGUCUGCUCGCCCCGCCUGACCACGCCCCUGGGGAGAGCCCGCUGGUGGCGGUGCUGGAGGACGCUGAGCGCGGCCGCAUCAUGGAGGCGGUGCUGGCCGCGGCCCCGCCCCCCCGGCUGCGGGAGCUGUUCCAGGAGCAGCUGAAGGGCCGCCUCCUGGGCGUGGCCUGCCACCGGCUGGCCAAUCACGGGCUGCAGCGGCUGCUGGACCACGCCCCCUCGGAUGUGGUGGGGGUGGUGCUGGAGGAGCUGGGCCCCGCCCUCGGGGAGCCCCUGGCCCGGGGUCACCACGGGGUCGCGGUGGCGCUGGUGGGCGCCUGCGGGCGGCAGGCGGAGCUCCAGCAGGGGGCGCUGCGCUGCCUCUUCCAGGCGUUCGGGUGCUGGGAGCCGCCCCAGCGGCGCCGCUGCUGCGUGGGGGCAUUGGCAGCGCUGCAGCCCCUGGAGGGGGAGGACCCGCAGCCCACCCUCGGUGCCAUCACACCCUCCGGUUCCCGCCUCCUUCAGCUCCUCCUGCGCUUCCGGGACCCGUCUGCGGUGCUGGGGGGGCUGCAGGCGCUGUCAGACGCCCACCUGCAGGCCUUGGCCCUCAGCCCCCCCGGCAGCCACGUCUGGGACGCUGUCAUGGCCAGCCCCUCCGUGCCCCCCCGUGCUCGGCGCCGCCUCGUCCGUAGGCUGAAGGGCCACUUCCUGUCCCUCGCGUGUCACCGCAACGGCAGCCGCGUCCUCGACGCCAUCUUGGCCUCGGCCUCCGCCCCCACGCGCGCCGCCAUCGCUGCUGAGCUGGCCCCCCAGCGCCGGGCGCUGCUGCGGGACCCCCACGGGCGCGGCGUGGAGCACCGCCUCCACCUGGAGCUGUUCCUGCGCAGCCGCAGCCAAUGGGAGCGGCUGUGGGCGGCGCCCCGGGGGCUGCUGGGAGCGCUGCUGGAGGACUGAGGGCAUAGAGAGGAGCAGCGAAGAGACAGAGCGUCUGAAGCACGACCUCGGCUUUAUUGGAGACCGGAGGAACCAGGAAAUUGGGAGAUAGAGAGUGCUCUGUUCUCCGUGGUUUCCUGCUGGGGAACUGUCACUGUCAACGUGGAGGUGGUAGAGCUUUUGAUUCUGUUUGGUUCCUGGAGGACUGACCUGACCACAGACGUGUUGGGGGUCGUGCAGUCUCUAUGCUGUGGAGGACUUAUGGCCAUAGAGAUGUUGGAGGACUGAACAGAAAGUGCCUUGACGGGUUGAGUGCUGGAGCAUCGCCUCAGUGUGUGCCGCACUGUUCUGUACCGACCAUAGAGCUGCUGAAGGGCUGAUACUCCUUUUCUAAUUACACAUUUUCUUUAACAAAAGAAGCAAUUUCUGUA